CAGUUUUUUAUAGACUCUGAAACGGCCGUGGAGUAGCCAAGGUCGCGCGAUUGUUUUUGGUUUCCGUUUUUUCUGGUUGAAACCUGAUUCCUUCAGUCUACAUUCCUAGCAGGAGAAGGCUGAGGUUCACUAUAGAUGUUGAAAUUUCCGUUCCGAACCUCCCGCAGUGGUGAGUCAGGCGUCCUGUGAGACGCUCCGUGUGGACGCUCCACGUUCGUUUCCGGGGAAGCUCUCAGGCCGUCCUGCUUGCGGUCUCUCCGCCUUCAGGGCCGCCGGACAACGCCUGCCCCGUGGUUUUCCUGCUGAAAGCCUUUCCCCUGUGCAGUCCUUCCAUCCCAGACCCUUUAAAGUUUUGGGAGCCGGACUCGGGCCCUGUCGUUAAACCUUUUGAGCCCCGCUGCCUCCCGCCUGCCUUACCUACCUUCCUGCCUGCCUCACCGCCCUUGGUCCAUAGAGAUCGGGUUGCUCCCUGGCUUCAUAAUCUGCACUCCAACCCGCUGAGGACCCCUUCGCCAUUUAGUAAGAGGCCCUAAUCCCAGGAAGAGCGCACUUUCCUUGGGGUGGGACUUAAGAGGGGAAGACACGGGGUUCCCAGAAGAGGUGGCCUGUCCCACGCGGGAGGGGCCGGCUGGAAACACGGCGGAACCAGGCUGUGAUGGGUCCCAGAGCCGGAAUGACGGAGACUGACACGUGAGGGGGAGAAAAGAUUCCUAUUAAAUCACCUGAAAAGUUUUAAGAAAUGACAUCAGCUGUGCCAUCAUCCACAGAGUUGGACAACUGCUCUGGGUGGAGCAUCAUUGUUUAAUGAGGUCCUCCAGGUGACGCAAAGGUGAGCCCAGGGAUUAUCAGGAAAUGCUUUGGGAUGCAUUUCUUUUAAUCCGCACCCAGAGGAUAUGCUUAUUGAUUUUAGAGAGAGAGGAAAAGAGAGAAGAGACAAACAUUAAUGUGAAAGAGAAAGAUCUAUGUGCUCCUUCCUGCAUGGGCCCUGACUGGGGAUCCAAUCCACAACUUGGGUUUCUUUUCCCUGCGAGUGUGGUGGAAGCAGAAAAAGCGGCUGUGCCUUUGAAGGCACAUCGUCAAAAUGCAGAAGUGACUCCUCAGCAUAUCAUCACCUGAGAAAAGAACCCGGAGGAGGACCAGGAGGACAUGGCUCCUUCUAAGAUAUCAUUGACAUUCAGGGAUGUGACAAUAGAUUUCUCUCAGGAGGAGUGGGAGUGCCUGGACCCAGCUCAGCGGAAAUUGUACGUGGAUGUGAUGUUGGAGAACUACAGGAACCUGGUCUUUCUGGCUAUGUCAUCUGAAGACAUCCAGGCCUUGUUGAGAAAUCCAAGAGUAGAAGAUUUAUUCUCUAAAGUAAUAGUGAGAUCGUUGACCUUUGGGGAUGUAUCAGUAGGUUUCUCUCGGGAGGAGUGGGAGUGCCUGGACCCAGCUCAGCGGAAAUUGUACGUGGAUGUGAUGUUGCAGAACUACAGGAACCUGGUCUCCCUGGGUCUUUUUGUCUCUAAGACAGUCCUGGUCACUAUUUUGGAGCAAAUGAAGGAACACUGGAUUGUGAACAGAGAAAAGACAUUAUCUGCCCACCCAGCUGUGUCAUCUGAAGACAACCAGGCCUUGUUGAGAAAGCUAGGGAUGGAAGAUUUAUUACUCUCUAAAGUAAUACUGAGUACAUAUAACGAAGACAGAAGUUAUCAAUGUAAUGAGCAGUGGAAAAAUUAUAACCAUGAGUUUAGUCUUUACAAACAUCAGAAUAUUCAUCUUCCAGAGAACCAUCAUCAAAGCAGAGAAGUCUUUGACAAAAUGUCAAAUCACAAUACACAUCAGGUUAUUCCUCUUGUGGAGAAGACAGACAAACAAAGUAGAUGUGUCCAGUCUUUCAAACAAUCUUUAAAUCACAUUAAACAAGGGAAUAUCGAUACCAUGGAGAUCACUUACAGAUAUUUACCACAUAACAGCAUCUUUAGUCAUAUAUUCAAUGGAAAUAGACUUAAGAAAUUCCAUACUAGAGAAAAGCAAAAAUGUAAAGAUUGUGGUAAAACAUUCAGUUGGCCUUCAGGUCUCAUUCUACAUCAAAAACUUCAUACUGGAAAGAAGUUCUACAAAUGUAAUGCAUGUGGCAAAGCCUUUAAAAGGCAUUCAUGUCAUGCUCCAAAUGAGAGAAGAAUUCUGAAUGGCGAGAAACCUUACAAAUGCAGAGAAUGUGCAAAAGCCCUUUGCCAGUUUUCUACCCAUACUGGACACCAGAGAAUUCACACCGGAGAGAAGCCUUAUAAAUGUAGAGAAUGUGAUAAAGCCUUUAGCAAGUUGUCACACCUUACACGACAUCAGAAAAUUCAUACGGGAGAAAAACCUUAUAAAUGUGAAGAAUGUGGUAAAGCCUUUAGGCAGUCUUCAUACCUUCCUAUACAUCAGAAAGUUCAUACUGGAGAGAAGCCUUAUAAAUGUGAAGAAUGUGGUAAAGCCUUUACAGAGUCAUCGACCCUUACUAAACAUCAGAGAAUUCAUUCUGUAGUGAAGCCUUUUAAAUGCAGAGAAUGUGGUAAAGUCUUCAACCAGUGUUCAUAUCUUACUAUUCAUAAGAUGAUUCAUACUGGAGAGAGGCCUUAUAAAUGUAGAGAAUGUGGUAAAGCCUUUAGAACAUCUUCAACUCUUACUAAACAUAAGAAAAUUCAUACUGGAGAGAAGCCUUACCAAUGUAGAGAAUGUGGUAAAGCCUUUAGCCUGUACUCGUACCUUAUACGACAUCAGAAAAUUCAUACUGGAGAGAGGCCUCAUAAAUGUAUAGAAUGUGGUAAAGCCUUCAGAACAUCCUCAACCCUUGCUAAACAUAAGAAAAUUCAUGCUGGAGAGAAGGCUUAUCAAUGUAGAGAAUGUGGUAAAGCCUUUAGCCAGUUCUCAAACCUUAUACAACAUCAGAAAAUUCAUACUGGCGAGAGGCCUUAUCAAUGUAUAGAAUGUGGUAAAGCCUUUAGAAUGUCCUCAACUCUUAAUAAACAUAAGAAAAUUCAUACUGGAGAGAAGCCUUAUAAAUGUACAGAAUGUGAUAAAGCUUUUAGCAUGUUGUCAAACCUUACACAGCAUCAGAAAAUUCAUACUGAUGAGAAGGCUUAUCAAUGUAGAGAAUGUGGUAAAGCCUUUAUCCUGUACUCGUACCUUAUACAACAUCAGAAAAUUCAUACUGGAGAAAAACCUUAUAAAUGUACGGAAUGUGGUAAAGCCUUUAGAACGUCUUCAACCUUUAGUAAACAUCAGAAAACUCAUACUGGAGAGAAGCCUCAUAAAUGUACAGAAUGUGAUAAAGCCUUUAGCACGGCGGCAUACCUUAAACAGCAUCUGAAAGCUCAUACUGGUGAGAAGCCUUAUAAAUGUAGAGAAUGUGGUAAAGCCUUUAGCCACUCUUCAUCCCUUACUAAACAUCAGAAGAUUCAUACUGGAGAGAAAGCUUAUCAAUGUAGAAAAUGUGGUAAAGCCUUUAGCCAUUCCUCAAACCUUAAACAACAUCAGAAAGUUCAUACUGGAGAGAAGCCUUAUAAAUGUAGAGAAUGUGGUAAAGCCCUUAGCCGUUCCUCAACCUUUAUUGAACAUCAGAACCUUCACACUGGAGAGAAGCCUUAUCAAUGUAGAGAAUGUGGUAAAGUCUUUAGUCAUUCUUCAUCCCUUAUUAAACAUCAGAAAAUUCAUACAAAUGGCUAUAAAUGUAGAGGAUGUGGCAAAGUCUAGGCAUUCCAGUCACUUUCUCAACAUCAGAACCUUCAUACUGGAGAGAAGCCUUAUCAAUGUAGAGAAUGUGGUAAAGACUUUUGCCUGUUUUCAGACCUUAUACAACAUCAGAAAAUUUAUACCUUUCAGAAGCCUUAUAGAUGUAAAGGAUCUGGCAAUGCCUUAAGUUGGUCCACCACUGCUAGUGAACAUAAAGAGGUCAUACUGUAAAAAAGUGUUAUUCAUGUAGAGAAUGUGUAAGUCAUUUAUGCAGCUCUCAAAUCUUACUCAACCUCAAAAAAUUCAUAUUGGUGUAAGGAUUUAUUUGCGUAGAAAAUGUGGCAAGGCCUUAAACUGGUGUUUAAACCUUGUUAGAUAUCCAAAAGUAUAUUGGACAAAAAUUUUCCAUAUGUAACAAUUGUAAAGUUUUUAACAGCACCGAAAACUCACUCAGCAUCACAGAAUUUAUGAGAUUGGAGAGAAGCCUUAGGAAUAGGUAAAAUGCAGGAAAUACAUUAAAAUACCAAAAAAAAUUCAUAUUAAAAAGAAAUCUACAGAUGUAAGGAAUGUGAUAAAGCCUUUUCUUUGCUGUGAAUCCUUACUAGAUUUUGUAUAAUUCAUUCUUAAGUAAAGUUUUACAAAUGUGGAAAAGCCAUUAACUGCCACUCAUUAAUUACUAAAUGUCAGAAUUUAUAAAGGAGAUAGAUGUUACAAAUGUAGAUAAUAUGACAAAGCCUUUAUUUGGUUCUCAGAACUUACUCAUCAGAUCAUUGUUGAGAGAAAUCUUGGAGUUGUACAAAGUGUGGGAAAGCAUUUUUAUUGGCAUUUGUACUUUUCUAAACAUCAGAUAAAGCAUUGACAGAAGAUUUACAAAUGUGGAAAAUGUGACAAAACUUUUCAUUACUGUUGCUAUUUUAUAUGACAUAAGACAGAUCACAGUGGAGAGAAGUCUUACAACUGUAGACCAUGAGGCAGAACUUUAAAAUGGCAUUUGUAUCUUACUCUACAUGAGAGAUGAAUUCAUACCAGGGAGAAAUCUUGCAAGUAUGAAGAACAUAACAAAUCCUCUAAGAGCACUAAGCACUUACUGUCAUAGAAUUUAUACUGGAUAGGAAGCCAUGUAAAUGUAGAUAAGGUGUCAAAGGUUAUUUCCAGUCCUCAACUUCUAGUGACCAUCAAUGUUAUACUGGGGGAAAGCCGUAUAAUUAUGAACUAUGUGCAAUACCUUUAAUUACUCUUCAGAACUUACUUGAAAUCAGCUUAUUCAUACUGGAGUGAAACCUUACAAAUGUAGUGUAGGAGACACAAGUUUUAAUUAUCACAGAUCUCUUACUGAACAUGAAAGAAUAUAUACUUGAAGGAAAACCAUACAAAUACAGAGAAUGUGGAUAAGGUUUUAACCAUGAUUCAAAACAUCCCACAUUGGAGAAUUCAUGCUAAAGAAACACAAAAAUAUAAAGAAUUGGAAAAUAAUGUUCACCAUUGCUCGAGCCUCAUUCAACAUUAGAGAAUUUACUUUGAAGAGAAGCCUUACAGAUAUAUCAAACUUAGUGAAAUUCUUAAUCCUCAUUCAUACCUGCUCAACAUCCUAUUCAUACUGGAGAAAAGCCUAAAAGAUAUAAAAAAUGUGGAAAAGCUCUAACGAAUACUCAAACUCUAUUCAACAUCAGAAUUCAUUCUAAAGAGAAAAUAUGAAUGAAAAGAAUGUUUAAAACUUUUUUUCCACAUUAAUGGCAUAUUUGAUAUGAGAAUUUAUACUAAAUGUAAAUCUUAAAGGUCUGUGAACUCUUGUAAAUUAUACUUUCACUCAUCUACUUUUCCAUAGAAGACUGAGGACAUAAUAAUCCACAAUAUAUAAAGAAAAUCUUAAUGGAGAUGCUGCUGUGUGUGGUUGAUUUAUAACUUUGUUGCAUGAGAGCAUAUUUUUUGCAUAAGGAAGAAACAUUAAGCCCUGGCCGGGUAGCUCAGUUUGUUAAAGCAUCUUCCUGAUACACAAGAUCACAAGUGUGAUCCCCGUUCAGGGCACAUAGAAGAGGAAACAAUGAAUGCACAAAUAAGUAACAACAAAUUGAUGUAUGUUUCUUCCCC